UAUUGUCACACGCAUAACACUUCUUGUCCUGGAUUCAAACAAAAAGAAUCAUACAUAGCUUUGCUCCAGUUUCAUGGAUACCUCUCAAGAAGUUGAACUCCAGAACCAAGGUUACUCAUUUUGACUAGAAAUUUAUUUUUCCCUCAGUUCCAUUCCAUUAAUCUGCAAUAAUAUAUUAGUAACUAAUCUGAGCUGAAUAUCUGCUGGAUUUAUGAUAUUGUUUUUUGGGUAAGGCAAUGAUUCUACUAAUCACCAGAUGGAGCUUUCAUCAUCUCUAAGAAGGAACAAGAAAUAUACAUGGUGGUUGAGGAUUGGGGUGUACAUCAUUUUUUUGGUCGCCGGCCAAUCCGCCGCCACGCUGUUAGGGCGGUUUUACUUCGACAAAGGAGGGAACAGCAAGUGGAUGGCGACGCUUGUUCAAUCCGCCGGCUUCCCGGUCCUGGUCCCACUCAUCUUCUUCUUCUCUGCCGCAAAGUCUCCAUCAUCAAGAACAGGACAACCUCAUACUAGAAUCAGAACAACAUGGCUGCUGUCCCUUUACGUGUUCUUCGGCCUGCUCUUGACCGCCGACAACAUGAUGUAUUCCUACGGCCUCCUCUUCCUCCCUGUCUCCACCUAUUCCCUCCUCUGCGCCACCCAGCUCGCCUUCAAUGCCCUCUUCUCUUUCCUUAUCAAUGCCCAUAGGUUCACCCCAUUGGUGCUCAACUCCGUCGUCCUCGUCACCGUCUCCGCCGCCCUUCUCGCCGUCCACUCCGACGAUGCCACGGCGUCUAGAAUCCGGAGGGGGAAGUACGUUGUGGGCUUCUUGUGUACAGUGGGCGCCUCUGCCGCCUACUCCCUCUACCUUUCCCUCAUGGAACUGUCAUUCAAGAAGGUGAUCAAGAGGGAAACGUUUGAGGUGGUUUUGAACAUGCAAGUUUACCCGUCAUUCAUUGCGUCUUGCUGCUGCGUGGUUGGGCUUUUUGGAAGCGGGG